AUGUCGACUACGCUCAAACCAAUCAAACUUUACACCUCUAGCCGUGGGCCAAACCCGUGGAAGGUCGCAUUCAUCUUCGAAGAGCUCGGGCUCCCCGUGGAGUAUGAGCCUGUCGAAUAUAGCAAGGUGAAGGAGGAACCCUACAUCAGCGUUAACCCGAAUGGCCGUGUUCCUGCCAUCCAUGAUCCAAACACAGGUUUCACGAUCUGGGAGUCCGGCGCAUGUACCCAGUAUCUGAUCGAAGAAUACGACAAAGAUCACAAAAUUUCAUACGGAACAAAGCCUGAGAAAUAUCUGACUGACCAAUGGCUUUUCUUUCAAGUUUCAGGACAAGGCCCAUACUUUGGUCAAAUGGCCUGGUUCAAAUUUUACCACUUUGAAGAGCUGCCAAGUGCGAUCGAGAGAUAUCAAAAGGAGAUCCAGCGAGUCGUUUUGGUCAUCGACCUGCACUUGACAAGGACUGGAAUGCCGUAUCUUGUUGGCGACAAGUGUACUUACGCGGAUUUGAGCUUCGUAACCUGGGCUGAGGUUGCGGAGUUGCUGGAGGUGGACCUUUAUGAAGGUGGGAAGAACCAAAAGUACAAAGCUUGGAUGGAGAACCUCAAAGAGCGAGAAGCUGUCAAGAAGAUCCUGGAACUGUACAGAACACCGCAGGGUGCUGUUAGAACACCGGCCAAGUGGGUGGGAAAUUCUGAGGAAUGA